AUGGUGGCGGCGUCUCAGCGACUUCCAGCCCUGCUGGCCCUGCUGUUGGUGGCAGCACCCCUGGUUGCCAACGCUCUCAACGUGGCCUCACUCACCAUCUCCACCGCCUAUGACCGAAAGCUUGCCACUACUAUGGCCUACGUCGCUCAACAGCUCAACAUCAAUGUGACCAUCACCAAGUUGUCCGUGAGCCAAAUGCACCAAGCCGCUGACCAGCUCGCUGUGAAUGGCAUUCUCUUUGACAUGAUGGUCGUCGAUCCAGCCGUCUAUGCUUGUUUGUCGACUGACAACGACGUUUAUGCCAUUGCCUCCUUUGACAUGCCAGACGUGGCCGGCCUUAUCGUCAGCACCAAGCCCAUGACCUCGGCCAACCUGACUGCCAGCGCCGGUCUUCGCGUUGGUGGUGCAUCGCCCUUCACCUUGGGAGGUGGCCUGGCUCAUGCCCUGACCCUCAACGAGCUCGGCUUCAACGUUUUCCAAGACAGCAAGCAAGUCAUCUUCUCGCAAGAGGACAGCAAGACGCUGCGUUUUCUCGACGAUGGUUGGAUCGAUUUGGCCUUCAUCUCGCGCGCCACGUGGCAAGGCCUUUCUCCCGCUCAACAGACCAACUACUUUCUCUUCAACUCGCAAGCCACUGGCUCGCUGGCCAGCCGCAUCUCGACUGAUCUGUACCCCACCUGGGUGCUGGCUGCCAUCGGCACACCCACGGAUGAAGCCGAUGAGGUGGCGACUCUCCUGUUGUCCAUCGAUCCCCUCAACAACCCAGCUGAGAGCUCACUCCAAGACUUUCGAAGUGCCGACUCCUUUGCCAAUCUGCACAUGACACUGCGUCGUGUGGGCAUUGUUGACAUUGACGAGACUACCAAACUUGAGUACUGCGUGCCCAUGACCACCCCCCGUCAAGGUCUCUUCUGCCCUAGCGACAUGUCGCUGCGCUCUUCCGAAGAUGCCGUUGAUGUUGCUUGCACCAACCUGGUUUGCCCUGCCGGUGCCUCGUGCAUUUGCAAGCCUUGCACGGAUCGGGAUAACUUUGCCGUUUCCGUCAAUGGCCACGAGUGCGACCGUUACCACACUUGCGCCAUGGUCCGUCAGCUCGAUCACAUCACGUUGGUGCUGGAUGAUCGCAACUCGCGCCUGGUGGCCUCACCUCAAGUCAGCAUCUACGUCAUUCCAUUCAACACGACGUCGGCCGAUUUCCUUUACAAUGCCCCGAUGACCUACAGCCAAUCGGGCCAUGUCCACUCGUACGUCAUUGAGCUCAAACGUGCCGGUACCAUCUUGAUUGUGCUGGAAUCAGGCAUCACUGAGAAAGUGGAGUCUAGUCCGGUCAUCGUCACCGUACACGAGCGCCUUUGUGACUCUGAGUUUGCCACGCCUGGCCUGAACGGCGAGUGCCUAUGCUUGCCGCCCAUGGAGCUCAACGGCCUCGGCGAAUGUGCCCCUGAUGGCCAACAUCCCACACCCAAGCCCGUCUAUCGUUUUGCCUACUACGAGCCCAGUGGUUUGUUUUGCAUAUCACUCGAGGCAACCUGUUCAUAUAAACAGGCAGCAAUCACCCGCUUCACGCCGACCAUUGAAUACCUGAAUCGGAUCAUGCCACCUCGGUUUGAGAUGCCAAUCAAACUCCAGUUGGUUGCCAUGACGGCCGAUGAGCUUCAUCAAGCCAUCGAAGACGAAACUGUGGACUUUGUUUUCACCGAGCCCGCUCAAUUCACAUGCUAUGAGGUUCAGCACGGCCUCGUGCCACUUGUGACUAUGCAGCGCGAAGUUCCCACUCCCGAUGGCGACACUGAUAUUCAGGAGUUGGCCGGUGCCAUUGUCGUUCGCACCAACGAGGCCCACAUGUAUCAAAACUACUCCAAUUUGGUCGGCAAAGCCGUGGCCAUGGCUGGCUUUAUCGACCUUGCUGGUGGCAUGGCCCAGUGGUGGCAGCUUCGCGAAAACGGUGUUGAGCUGCUAACUGACGUGGCUCAAGUUGUCAUCUCGCGCUCGGACGAAGCCAGCCUGCAACUGCUUCUCUCCAACCAAGUGGACGCCGCUUUUGUCACCGAUGGCUUUUUGCAACGCAAGUAUGACGCCAACGAAACCCAGCGGUCAAGGGUCUCCGUCUUUCGCCCUCUGAGCGGUCUUGUGGCAGGCCAUCAGCCUUACCCACGCGAAAGCUCGACACCCGUGUUUCCCGAGUGGAUUGUCGCCGCCAUCCACAACGUUGAUGCAGAUGUGGCCAAAGAGGUGGCACAGAUCUUGCUGGACCAGAUGCAUUACGAAGAUUCAGCCAUCGUCGGUCAACUGGAAGGUUGGCAACCGGGGAUGUCGUACGAACCUGUGCGUGAGGUGCUGUAUCACCUUGGCUACAUCUUCAUGAACACGUCAACGCAUGAUUUCGUCUGCCCCCGCGUUGGCGACCCUUACGAGGACAUCCAUUGUCCCACCGGUACCUACAAGCGAGCUGCCAGUCAAAUGCAAGCAGAUUGUAUUUUCCGGUGCCCAACCGGCAUGUCAUGCUACUGCAAGCCUUGCGCGGUCGCCGAUGCUCAAGAGGUCUCUCCUGUCAGGGUCUACACCGCUGACGGGCGCCGGUUGACGACGGCUGAGUUGGAAGCGCUUGAUCUCCACGACACCUGCACCGAGAUGGACGUGUGCGCGAGUGUGGAGCAGCAAGGGUAUAUCCAAUUCCAAAUCGAGGAUCAUUUUUAUGCCAAGGAUGGCCUUGUGACAAUCCGAGCUACGGUGCACGACACUUUGGCAGGUGACACGGAAGACACGAACCGUUUCAGUGUGGGUGUUCAUCAAGGCAACGGCUUUUACCUCAUUAACAUUUCAGCUCAUUAUGUCGGUGCCCAACUGGUCGAGAUAGCUCGCAACGGUGUCGAUCUGGCUCAAUCUCCGUUCCUGAUCUCUGUCAAGCGGCGCACCUGCUUGGAGGAUCUGCGCGAGGCAGAUGACGAGGGCGAAUGCGUGUGCAGCAGCAUUGCAGAUGAUGUUAACGGAACUUGCGUCCUCAAGGGCAUUUUUCAGUCGACGCGCACCGAAUUCGUCAUCGGGGCCACCUCCAUCACGGACAAAGCUGGUGUGCAGACCUUGUACGCCCCCAGGGUUGCUUACCUCAACGAAGUUGGCACCAAGUAUGCGCCUCCUUUAACCUUCACGGUUGACUUCAUCUGGGUGGAUCCCGCCAUCUUCACUUGCUUUGAAGUCCAAUACGACUACAAGCCGCUCUUGACUCUAAAGACCGAGCAUCUCGGUCAAGGAUAUGACCAUUUUGCUGGACAGAUUAUUGUGCGCGCAAAUGACAUGAGUAUUACGUCGGUUUACAACUUGACCGACAAGAUUGUUGCUGCCGAGUCUUUGAUGGUUUUGGGCAGCGGCCAAUCGCAAUGGACCAUGCUAAUGAACUCCGGGUUUGAGCUUAUGUCUUCCACCAGAGAAAUCAUUAUCACUGGCAAUGAGAUGGACACCAUUACGUACGUUUUGCAGGGUUUUGCCGAUGCUGGCUUUGUACGUUCCUUGACCUUAGCCAAGCUGGAUCAACUUGGUGAUGUGGAUGCUUCCCUCUUCCGGGUCUUGUCAGCCCCACUGGAAUCGGACAGGCCUUCGGCUGAGUAUCCCGUUCCGGUGUCAACUCGUCUUUACCCCGAGUGGCUUUUGGCCACAGCCCCCGGGAUCGACGAAAAUCUGCGCAACGAACUUGUGUUGGCCUUGUUGGAUCUUGAACCCACUUCGCUGGAGGCACGGAGCGGCUUGUACCACUCUUUUGAGAUGGCUCAGUCAUACUCGCCCGUGCGUGAUGUCAUGCGUGACCUGGGUUACAUUGUUCGCAACAACGAUGGUACCUACUCGUGCCCUGACCGCACAACAACCUUUCAAACCAUUCGCUGUACCGAUGGAUUUUAUCGUAAGACCAGCGCGGAGAUUGACACGGGCUGCGCCCAAGCUGGCAUCUCUUGUCCGGCCGGCAAAACUUGUGUCUGCAAGCCUUGCCGAAAGGCCGACCCCGUGGAGAUUAUUCCGAUCAUUGCAGACACAGAGGAGGGUGAAGUCAAAGACAUUGAGCUCGACUCGGCGUCUCGCAUCAAUUGCGAACGCAUGACAACGUGCAUCACGGCCGUGCAGCGUCAGCCCAUUGGCUUCCAUGUGUACGACAAUCUCUAUGCCGAGCGCGGCGACGUUGCUGUAACUUAUAUUUUGCACGACCGGAGAUCAACUGAGGAAGCUGAUACCUUUGGAGAUAGCUCGCUUGCUAGCGUUUCCGCUGACAUCCGUGAGCCCGGCCAUUACUUCUUUCAGCUGAGCUCUGCUGCUCGCGGUUCGCACGUGAUGGAGGUCUUCAUUAAUGGUGAGCAAGCACCCAAUAGUCCGCUCAUUCUGGCGAUUGGCGAGCGCACCUGUACGGCCACUAACACGGAAGCUGAUGAAACUGGUCUGUGUGUGUGUACGAGCACCUCAACCAGUGUUGGUGGCAGCUGUUUUGACACCAACUACCUGAUCAUCUCCAUCGCUGUUCCCGUGGCUUUGCUGCUCGUGAUCUUGAUUACGGCCUUUGUUCGUUACCAGCAAAAGAAGGCAGAUGCCCUCUGGACCAUCGACCGCAGCGAGUUGUUCUUUGAUGACCCUCCAGAAGUCCUGGGUCGUGGUACCUUUGGUCUUGUGCUCAAGGGCACCUACCGUGGAUCUGCCGUUGCCGUCAAGCGCACCAUGCCCGCCAAUUUCUUUGCUGGAGAUGCCGAUUCCCUCUUUGCGCGCUCCUCUCGUACAUCGGCUGCCACGCGCACCAUGAUGGGCUCGCGCAGCGCCAGCGCCAAUACGCUGGGAUCGAUGCGUAGCGAUGACCCCUUGAAGAGCCGUGCCAGCAAUGCUUUCAGCAAGUCACUCCUGAAUCGUAUCAACAGUGACAACGAGGAGGACACAGACGCCAAGUCUAAGCGCACGCAAGGCAGCAUGGCCGGCAUGGGUCAAGGGGGACUGAUGACACGUAUGGGUGCGGGCAUCUUGGGCAAGACCUUUGGUGUGCAGCGCCGCCGAGCUGCCAUGCGUAAGGAGUUUAUCACGGAAAUGCGUCUGCUGUCGAAGCUGCGUCACCCCAACAUUGUGACGGUCAUGGGUGCCGUUACCGAGAAGGGCCAGGAACCACUGCUGAUUCUGGAACAUAUGGAGCACGGUUCACUGUACAGUUUGCUACGCAAUCCCCAGAUGGAGCUGGAUGCCGAGUUGACACUGCCCAUUGUUAAGGACAUUGUCAGCGGUAUGCUGUUUCUGCACACGUCGCGUGAGCCGAUUGUGCACUGUGACCUCAAGGCCAUGAACGUGCUGUGCGACUCCAACCUCCGAGCCAAGAUUUCCGACUUUGGUCUGACAGCCAAGACACAAUGUGGUGGUAUUGGUACACCCUACUGGAUGGCCCCCGAGCUGCUUCGCGGUGAAGUUUGCACCACGGCUAGUGAUGUGUAUGCCUUUGGUGUGACUGUAUGGGAAACAGUGGCUCGCACCGACCCCUAUGACGGCUUGGAUAUGAUCCCGACGCUUCGCGAGAUUGCUCAUCCCCACAAGUCCAAGAAGCCGCUCCGCCCCACCAUCCCCAAGGAUUGCUCGCAAGACUUGUCCGAGCUCAUGCAAUCAUGCUGGAAAGAGAAUCCUCUUCAACGCCCAACCUUUGAGGAGAUUGACACGAAGCUGCGUUCGUUGCAGGUCCGCAACGUGGGCAUGAACAUGAUGCAGGCACACAUUGACAAGAAGCGCCAAGGCAAUGUGUUGCAAGAUGUCUUCCCGCCUCACAUUGCCGCAGCCCUGGCUGAGGGUCGCCGCGUCGAGCCUGAGCACCAUGAAUGUGUGACCAUCUUCUUCAGCGACAUUGUGGGCUUUACGGACAUCUCGGGCUCACUGGCACCGGAGAAGGUGUCUGACAUGCUGGACCGUCUCUACACACAGUUUGAUUCGUUGUGCGAGAUGCACGACAUUUUCAAGGUGGAAACAAUCGGUGACGCCUUUAUGUGCUGCUCCAAUUUGGUCAAGACACAGGAUGAUCACGCUGCUCGUCUGGCUCGGUUUGCCUUGGACGCCAUUGAGGCAGCGGCCGCUACGAUGAUUGAUGAGGAUGAUCCUGAUCGCGGAACCAUCAAGAUUCGCGUUGGCCUGCAUUCCGGACCGGUCGUGGCCAACGUUGUUGGCUCGCGCAAUCCUCGGUUCUGCUUGUUCGGCGACACGGUCAACGUGGCCUCUCGCAUGGAGAGCAACUCCGAGAAGGGACGCGUGCACUUGUCCAAGCCAGCUGCAGACCUGGUCAAGGAGCAGGAUGCCAACUUGAAUCUGGUGUCGCGCGGCAAGGUCACCAUCAAGGGCAAGGGGCAGAUGCAUACCUACUGGCUAUUGCCGGAUGGCGUCACUCUGGAGGAGGAGACCCGCAUCAAGCGCACUGUUUCCUUUGUGGAUGAGGUGGCCGAUGCGGUUGCCGUGGACAUGGACGCCAUUAGCGUGAUCGAUGAGGCCAGUCGCCGUGCUUCCGAAGCCAGCCGUCGGGCCUCCGAGGCCAGUCGCCGUGCUUCCGAAGUGCCAGGAGGCCCUGGAGGCCCGCGCCGUGGAUCGGGCUACGUGUUUUACAGCGAAGACGAUUACACGACGCCUACAGGUCCUGGUUCCCCAAAGGCACCUUCGACGGCAAGCUCGGCCAUCAACUCGGCCACGGGUAGCGUCUCGGUGCACAUGGGCGACGACAACUUUGGCGGGGCCAGCAACGCAAGCCUGCUAACGGAGAUUGCCGGAGAAAACAACGGCACGAGCAGCCAUGUCUAA